GAUGCUAGAGGGCGCACUAGAUUUGCAAAGAUUAUCGCGUUAGAGUCCUUCACGGCUUCCGUUGUCUACAUAUCAUCCCGGAAGCUCUACCUUGUCCUGACACGUAGCAACCGCGACCAAGUUGGCAGUGAAAGAUGUCAGGGUUUGACAAUUUCAACACAGAUUUUUACCAGUCCAGCUACAGUGUAGAUGACCAGAACCAGGGUGGCUAUGGGUACACGAACACCGAUAACCCCUACAACAAGCAGUAUGGUCAGUAUGACUACUCGCAGCCCAUGGGUUAUGCCUCCCCAGGGAUGAUGCAGCCCCAGCAACCAUACACAGGACAAAUCUUCCAGCCUACACAAACCUACACACCAUCACCUUCACAGUCCAUGUAUAGUAGCAGCUUUGAUGACGAGCCACCGCUUUUAGAAGAAUUGGGAAUCAAUUUUGACCACAUAUGGCAGAAGACUCUCACAGUGCUCCAUCCACUGAAGGCAGCAGAUGGCAGCAUCAUGAAUGAGACGGAUCUGGCGGGCCCCAUGGUUUUCUGUUUGGCCUUUGGAGCAACACUUCUCCUGUCCGGUAAAAUCCAGUUUGGCUACGUGUAUGGCAUCAGCGCUAUCGGCUGCCUCGGCAUGUACUGCCUGCUCAACCUGAUGAGCAUGACCGGCGUCUCCUUCGGCUGUGUGGCCAGCGUGCUGGGAUACUGCCUCCUACCCAUGAUCCUCCUCUCCAGCUUUGGAGUCCUCUUCUCUUUACAGGGCAUGAUGGGAAUAAUUCUAACGGCAGCGAUUAUUGGCUGGUGCAGUUUUUCAGCCUCUAAGAUCUUCAUCUCUGCGUUGGCCAUGGAUGGACAGCAGCUCUUAGUUGCUUACCCCUGUGCUCUCUUAUAUGGUGUCUUUGCACUUAUCUCUGUCUUCUAACCGUUUAAAAAAACUACUCUCCAGUUUCUGUAAUCUCAGUCUAAUUGCACUCAGUGUAACUAGUGUAGGUAUUGGCUAAUUAUGCUGUUAUUACAGAACAGGAGCUAUUUAAAAUGGCACUAAGCCUUUUUUUACGAGUCCCCUUCACUCACUGCAUCUUGACAUGACUGUCAGCAGACUGGACUUGACCGUCUCACUCAUGUCUGCUCUCCUCCCUGGCUCCUCCACGCGCCCCAAAGGACACACAAUCCUGGUAAAAAAAUAACUGUACUGUGGACCUCUUCAAUCCUUCAUUGUCCCUGUGUUUUUUAGGGCAUGAAGAUGCAGAGGUGAGCAAUUAGUUUACACAAUGGAGACCGGAGGAGAGAGAUUUCAUUUGAUAUAGGCAGGAAAAUGUUCUUUGUAAACACUGCAGCUUAAUUGAGAGCCAGUGAAUCGGCCACAUAUCAUACUUUUCUUUUCAAAAACCUGGUGUGAGUCAUGUUUGGCAAACAUAGUCAACAUCUGGAAGACUAAGGGAAACUUGCUGUCAAUCUGCACAAGAAGACAGUGUCCAGGACAGUGAUCUGAUGUUCGAUGUUUUUAUUAUAUUCUUAUGAUAUUCAUUUGAAUUUUGAUGCCUUUCAAGAAUAAAAAAAUACAGAUUGCUCAAGAACUAUUUUCAAAACCAGUUUUAAUUAAACUGUCUAUUGGUUGCUAUGGUUACCAUCCUUAUCGUCCACUCGCUUAAUACGCUUUGAUGUGUCUGUUGUUCAUGUCUUCUCUUACACAUUAAAGUUGUCCAUGAAUGUU